AUGCGUCUGUAUCAUUGCUUGCUGCGCCAGUGUAUUGCUGUUGCUGCUGCCCUGGGCAUGCGUCUGUAUCAAUGGUCGCUGCACCAGUAUAUUGCUGUUAUUGCUGCUGCCCUGGGCAUGCGUCUGUAUCACUGGUCGCUGCACCACAGUAUUGCUGUUAUUGCUGCUGCCCUGGGCAUGCGUCUGUAUCACAGGUCGCUGCACCACGGAAAGUGUGUUGGAGGGUUGCGGUGGAGGAAACGCGGCCAAGGAAGUGUAACAAGUGAAGCAUCAUCUGGUGAAGAGGAGACACGCACAGCUCGUGAGCGCAGACCACGCCAUCACACACCAGAUCCUCCUAGGCGUAUACUAACGCGCUUGGAGAAACAGCAUAGUACUGAGGACGGCACUUCCAGCAGUAGUGGUAACUCUACACCGGAUCAUCGCCCAAUUCGCCGACCCUAUAGAAAUAGUAGAUUACAAAACUUCAGCACUGGACAUAGUUACUCUGAUGUUAUAAGCAUCAGUAGUAGUGUUAGCAGUAAUAAUAGUAGUAGCUUUAAUACAAGUACAAGCGGCAGUAACACCAGUGCCAGCAGUACCAGUACGAGCAGUAGUAGCACGCCAGAACCUGAGCUACCAUCCCGACCACCUUCACGUAGAGUUGCAGCAGCAGCAGCUCUUAGGCACCAGAAACUAGGCAUUCACCGAGCUUCAGGGGGUAAGAGAGUACCAGCUAACAAUGGUGCUACCAGACGACCCUCACAAAGAUGGCGUAAUGUAUCACCUGUAACCCGUGUUUCUCAGCCUUCAUUGCCAUCCACAACACUUUACUCGAAUAAAAACAAAAAAAAUAACGAAAACAAUAGGAAUAGUACUAAUUGUGAAGAUAGUACUAUCAAAAGUCAAAAAAGAAAAAAUAAUAGCCCAAACAGAGCAUCCAAUAAAAACAACAAGUGUGGUAGUGGUAUUGACCUUGCAAUUAAAGGGAAGACUCUAAAUUUGAGUAGGAAGAGUGCAUUGAAUUUAACAAAGGAUUUAUCAGCAAGUAAACCUAUAUCUUCACAAUUAAUAAUUAAAAAAGAGUCUACAACUAGAGUAGCUCCAUCCUGCAAUAAAUUAUAUAAGGAAAAGGACGAGAUUAGUAAGGCGUGUCCAAAAAAUGUCCGAAACACUGUCGUCGUACCACCUACAAGCAGCUCUUCUUUUAACGAUGAAGUUUUUAUAAUUGAACCAAAUAAAGAGACUUCCGAAAGUUCAUUCCAAAUUAGUUCAGUAACAGCUGAAAAAAACUUGAAGACUGUUGUAAAAAGCUCUAGUACAGGACUAGUUGCGAAAAAGCAGCCAACUCCCAGUUUAUCCAAAGAGGAAAACUCUAAAAGAAUAUUCCCUUCUAGUUCGUUAGUUACAUCUAGUGAGCAAAUCAAGGAUGAAAAUCAGGGCAGGUCAGAAGUAACUUUAAAAGUCUUAGUGGAAAAAGACAAGUCUCCUUGUGAAAAACUUCCGCAAACUAUCAAGGAAUUGCCUACUAAAGCAGCGUUGGAGUGUUCUGCCUCAAAAGAAAAUAAAGACAAAACAGAAAUCUCUAAUAUAUGUACUUGUGUGUGUGGCAACACUUCAGUUAGUGAUUCACUUGUGACUACUACUGCUGUAGUAAGGAAGCCUAAUUUAGGUGAGAAUGUGAUAGAAACCACGGGUGUUAUACGAACAACAGGUGAUAGUUCUGCAUUUGUUAGCCAGCAUGACAAAAGUGUUAAGAGUGCCAAUUUUGGCCCAAGUGCCAACAGUGUUGUGGUGAACAGCAGCAUUGCUGCAGUGUGUGACGUAACCACUACAGUGAGUACAGUGUGUACAGUGUCGACUGUGACUAGUGUGUCUAUAGUGCCAGGCACAACCAGUGCCAUUGUUAGUUCAUCCAAUGUCACUGGACUUACUUGGUCUUCAGAAAGCUUCAAGGUGAACUCUAGUAGUAAUAGUAACAAUAGUUGUAGUACUAAUAGUAACCGUGGGUGUGCAGAGGUGGCGGGCGUGGUGAGCGGGCGGGCAGUCACCAUUACAGCAACUAGCGGGCCAGGUCCCACGUGCAGUUCCCGUGUGGCCUCCCCACCUUCUGUAAGCAUCACGGCAGUGGUGCGUAGCCCUGUCCACCUCCAGCCCGCCAACCCCGACCCUGCCCAUCUUGCCCCGCACCAUCAUGACGGGGCACCUCACACAUCCCUGCACCACCAACCGGCCCACCCAUAUCAUCACCAACAACAUCACCAGCUCCAACAACAUCAGUCACAGCAGCUUAGCACCCCGUCAACAGCCACCAGGAUGGAUCAUUGUGACGGCUCAAGUGACUCCGGUGUGAGUGUAACUGAGCGUUCUGUGUCACGCUCUUCAGUUCUGAGUGAUGACAGGUCAUCUUCAGCAGAAGUGAAGCCCAACACACCUACACCUGCAGCUGGUCAAACAAAGACAUCACAGGCAUCCUCACUCUUCAUAGACCGUAAGGAACCUGUUCGUGUUUGGCGUGACCCAUCACUUGUGUCUCAGUCAGAGCACACAGUGCGUCACAUUCAUUCUGUGCAGCACACCAGCAUGUCACAGCACUAUCCAGGGGUGCCACCCCCUCACCUUGCAGCUCCAACUGGGGGCUCUGGUGGUUCCCACGGACCUGCUCACCAUGGCUCACAUGGCCAACCUCCUGCAUCCAUUGCACAUGGUCUGCCUCCUGGCUUACCCUAUCCAACACACCCUGGAGCAGGUACUGCAGGUGUACCCCCACCCUUGCAUCUGCCUCCUGGUCUUCAACAACCACUUGCUGGCUUGUAUCCAUCUAUUUCUCACGAUGUGUGGAAGCAGCUUACUCCAGUACCCCCACUGCCACCACAUGCAUAUGGUCUUCUACCUCACCAUCAAGAAGAACUGCUUCAGCUGGAACGUGCUCGGGAAAUGGAUCGGGAGCGUGUUGAGCAGGAGAGACUUCAUAGGGAAAGGCGUGAGGCUGAAGCCCGUGAGAAGGAAAGGAUUAAUAAAGAGAAAAUGGAGAGGGAAAGAACUGAAAGAGAAAGAACUGAGAGGGAAAGAAGAGAGAGGGAAGAGAGGGAGAGGAGAGAAAAAGAGAGACGCGAGAGGGAGGAGAAGGAGCGGCAGCAGUUCCAGGUGGAUCAACAUUUUAACAAGUCAUUCCGCCUUGCCCAGCAGAAGCAUGGUGGAGAGAGCGUGCUUCACAGGCCAGCCGACCACCUCAACCAGGCCUAUUACGUCCACGGCUUGACCAACCACCAUCCCUCCAACCACCCAUCUCACAACCACUCCCUCCUCAUGACACAACACAAUAAAGCCUACCAGGCUCAAGCUCAAGCUCAUGCCCAGGUACGACCCACAGCAGUGGGGGCGGCCACUGUGGUUGCUCAUAGUGUUGUUAUGUGUACAUUCUAAGACCACUCUUACUAU